CUCCUAUGUUCAGAGUUUGUCACAUGACAACACAUCGUGUCUCUUCACUGCAUCUGUCAAAAUGAAUAUGUUGUACUGUUUUGCGAUUUGUGUGGUUCUACCACUGGUCAUAGCUGAUACAUUGAAGUUCCACCCACGAGCUCGGGGCCAAGGUAGCUCAAAAAUGAUGACUGGAGAUCUUGCGUUCCUGGAAAAGUUACUCGUUGGUUCUCACAAGGCCACAAUGUUGAAGGACUUUGUGUUCAAGAAUUGUGGCGGCAAUACUGGCAGUGUCUUCAACCUGACCAUUACACCUGAUCCAAUUAGAUUCCCUGGAACUCUCACCAUUUCCGCAACUGUAGAUCUUAAACAGGAAAUUUCCGCCCCUCUUACGGUGGUAUUGGAUAUGAAAAAGGAUUUCCGCGGAGAUUGGAUAGAUAUACCCUGUAUAGCCAAUGUUGGUUCCUGUACCUACUCCUCCUUGUGUUCUGACCUGGAUAUGGCAACAUGCCCCGAAGAACUUAAAAAUGCUGGAAUUGAUUGCAGGUGUCCAUUCAAAGCAAAAACUUACAAGGUGUCCAGUUUGAGUAUUCCAGUGAAUGCUGCUGCAUUCUUAAGUGGAGACUUUAAAGUCAAAGCCCUUGUGACAUUUGGCGAUGGAGGAAAAUACAGUCAGUGCAUUGAUGUACAGUUCUCCGUUGCCUAAUGUUGAC